ACAGUUCAAUUUAGUGCAAUUCUUGUUUGAAACAGUCAUGUGUGAGAUCAUUAACAUGGCUCACAUUAUGUGAAAUCAACAACACAAACGUGACAGGUGUUUUAAACAACAAAAAAAAUUGUGGAUUUUUUAAAACUUGUCAACUGGAUUCCUUUGCCUGGGUCAUUGACAAGAUGUUCUUUAGAGGCGUGCUAUUCUUAAUAGGACUAGUUUCCACCACAGCCAGCCCCUCAGGUCUCCAAUUGCUCUUUCCCGAGCAUAAGCAAUACAUCUACUUGGUGAAGACGACAGUGUCUACUGGUAUCGCCGAGCGCACCACCUACUGGACGUUAGAUGGAAGAUUAACUGUCACAGUUGCAAACAACUUCACCAGGGCCAGGCUUCAGUUGGAGAAUUUAAAGGCCUCGUCGUUCAGCAAGAACGAGCAUUCCUCUGGACAAUCAGAAGAGUCAGAGAAAUAUUUGACUCAGCCCUGGGAAGUCGACUAUAAUGACAACGGUUUCGUCGAAUCGAUAUACGUUGGUUCGGAACCUGUUUGGGCCACAAAUGUGAAGAGGGCGCUGUCCUUGAAUUUUCAAAUAAAUAAAAAAACUGGUACUUACGUGGUUGACGAGCCAUGUCUUCACCAUAGCUGCACAUCAGUUUACACGGUCAGCGGGAACAGAAUAGAGAAGUACACUAACCAGAAGAUCACGUCCUCGGAAACUGAAUUCCUCUGGAGCUCCGUACCAACCGUGACCCAGUUCAUCGGACGAAGUUAUCCGGAAUCCAUGUCGACGGCUGAAAGAGUGUACGAAGUGGACGAUGCGAAGGGACUCAUCAGCUUGGACUUGAAGGGAACUCUGCAAUAUAAGUUGAACAACCACAUCUUGAAUGUCAUUUCCGAACUUUUCCUCUAUUAUGAGACAUACAGGCCCAUACAGGACACAAAAGAAUUGGGCCUGAACAAAACAACAAUAAUAUAUAAGACCAGUGACUUCAGUUAUCCAUCAAAUGGUAUAAGGAAUGUCAGUCAAGAUCAAUUGAAGAACCGGACUUUGGAGAUUCUUCUCAAAAUUGCUACAAAAGGCAUAGACACCGACAAUGUGGUCAGAAAUGCAUCACUUAUCCACAACUUGGACCUUUCCAACCUUCUGAACACCAUAGCACAACUGGACUACAACCACUUAGUGCUUCUAUUCGAAGAUCUGAUUCUGGGCACGAGCUAUGAAUUGGAAACAGCCAGAAACAUCUUCCUGGAGAUGCUGCCUUACGCCAAAUCAAAUGAUUGCGCGAAAUUUGUCAAGUACCUCGUCAUGGAGAAGAAGGAGAAAAUAGAAGAUGCAGCAAUAUUGUCACUGAUAAGGAAACUGCCAUUCAACGUGGCAAUAUACAACCAAGCUCUACUCGAAGAGUUGGAGGUAUUCACCAAGUUGGGGCUGGACUUUAACCCUGAGAUCAGGAGGGCUGGUAUCCUCAGCUUCGGGAUCCUGGUGCAUAAAACACGAGCGGCCUGGAGUGUCAAACAGGACUACAUGGACUAUAUUGUGGUGAAAUACUUCAGGAUGUAUAGUGAUUGUCCCCAAUAUGUCGACAGACUGAUUUGGCUGCAAGGUUUAUGCAACAUUGGAUUUUCUGCUAUGGAGUACACCAAUGUGAUUUUCGGGGACCCCACCAAACAUAAGUAUGAGAGAUUGUGGGCAGCAUUUGGCAGCAGUAAUUCCAUUCCGGAGGAACCGUACGAGGUUCUAAAAACAGCGCUCCCGAUACUGACGAACGACACCGAACCAGUCCAACUCCGGAUCGCCGCGAUCCACAUGUUCCUGAGUUCCACCACCAUCAGGGAGAGCGACUUUCUAUACAUACACAACUAUAUUAAGAACUCCACCGACAAUCGGCUGAAGAGCUUCUGGUACUCCAGCGUGAUAAAUAUGGAUGAGAACAAGUCAUUUGCAGGAUACAGGGUUGCUUCAUACUACGUGCCUUACAUCAUAAAACAAGUGUCAAAACCCGACUCAGUCUACUGGGCGACUCAGAACACCAUAUUCAGUGAUGACAGCGGCGCGGCCCUGCAACUCUUGUCGAUUGGUGAUGAAACCAUGGUGCCGUCGUUUGUUGGCGCGAAGGUGUCCACUGGCGGGGUCAGGUCUCAUCAGACUUCCAUAUACCUUGUAGCACAAGGGGUCUCCACAAAUAUCUACAAGAGGUUCAAAUACUUCAACGUGGAGAACAUGAUGAUGGACCUGCUCAAGGUGAAACUCCAGGACCUGAAUGCGUGGGCGCAGAAACUCCCGGAAGACGUUCACAUAGAUGUGGUGGUCAAAAUGCAAGACAUGACCGUGUAUGCUGCUCACGUCAACCGUACACAGUUCGACGCGUGGAGCGGUCUUCACAUUAUCACAUCAGUGAUCGAGUUCCUCCGACUGGGCAGCCACAUCAACCAGCAAGUGAUACACUUGCCGGCGCAAAUGGAGGUGCAUUUGCCUAGCGUUCUGGGUAUACCUAUCAGACUUCAGUCCUCCAGUACAUCGUUCACGUCGAUCCGUGGUAACCUGUCAGCCACUGGAGACAUUGUUAUAAAUAAUGACCUGCAUUUGAGGUACCAGGGCACAGCUAUGACGUCGCUGUCCACUGAUGGACUAAUCCUGCAGUCGGAGCACACGGUCCGCGUACAAAGCUCCGUGGUCGCAUACUUACCAAUGAAGUUCAAUAUGACCACUUCUAAAGAAGGAAUCACAUGGUCCAACGUAGUCGGUCAGAAAGGCGGCAUCGCCAUGCACACAAGGACACAAAUAUCCAAGCAGACAGACGAGGAAUUGAAUGUAUAUACCAUUACCAACGACGAAGAGGUCGAAACUGAUGCUUUCUCGGACUGCAGUCACGAGGUGACAGGCUUUGAGUUAUUGGACCAACUGUUCGCAUACAAUAACGACCAAUUGGGGAUCUUGACUUCCCUAAAGCAGACAUUGUUAUUCCUGAAAGGCAUGGUGCAAAGCUCAUCGCCACCACCGUCCUCCUGCGGUAUCCUGCUGCCCCCACAACGGAUCACCACUGAUGAUAAAGUCCUGGACAUAACAGUCAAAAUCCUGAACACCACGGACUUCUGGGACGAUGGGAUGCUGAUAGAUCUAUCUUCGGAAGUUAAGUAUUUCAGCCAUGAAAAACCCGAAGCUGUCUCAGUUGACGUGAAAGCCGAUCUCAAAAUUCGUACUGAAGAUGAGAAUACUACUGUUCUUUACACAGUGAAAGGUCAUCAAGCAGAUGUUCCAGACUUUUCGAUUUGCUUCGAACAGCACGAUUAUAUACACAAGAGCUUAGAUCACGAUAUAACAAGUGUCCCUGUGAAUUACGAGGGCCAUAUGACCCUGAAAUUGGACAACAAGCCCACGUGUACCGCGGACCCCACGCAAAUGAUGAAGCUGGCUUACAAUGGUAGACCGAGGAACGUGUCCGGCUCCAAAGAGAGAUAUUUCGCCUUCGACGGUGUUACCAAGAACGUACCACUGGUGAGCUUAUUGAGCGCAUUCAAUGCAGAAAGUGUUGUCGCUGUACUGCAACAGUCGGGGGCUGCCAACGAUAUGAACAUGCAGUUCUCUGGAAUUUUAAAGGAGGAAGACGGUCUAGCGACCCUGAGGGUGAACAACGCCUCAGAAAUAAAGUUCAAGUCUCCGGACUUAGGCUGGUACUUGGACAGUUGGACCAACAAGCAGGUGCUAAAGAAACUUGGACUAUACAAGGAAUGCCGUCUCCAAGAAGGCAUUGUUCAGACCUUGGACAGCACUGUGGUACAGUUGGCUCCGAUGAAAUGUGAACGGAGCGUUGUCUUAGCAGAUUGUUCCACAAGACCGAGGUUUGCAGUAAUACGCCGUUCCCAUGGUUCGUUGGUUGUAUACUCAGGCGGGCACUACGUGGAGGUGAGGCGCGAGGGUCCCGGGUACGAUCCUGGGACGGUGCACGAUAAGCACGGAGCGAAUAAGUUUCAUAUUCAACAAAACGACAAUACAAUUAAAAUAACAGCUAUCGAUACGGAUGUAGAGGUGUAUGUCAAGUAUUUGGAGACGGUCAUACUCCUGCCGAGCGCGUACAUGACGUCCGUCUGCGGGGAAUGCACCGGGCACAACUUAGAACCGCCCAAGGUUUGCUAGAUGACACUGGGCAAAACAUAUAACCAAGACCAAACGCACGGCGCUAUAAUUCUGUAAGAACUAUCCGAGAUGUGACAAGUAUUAUUAUGUAUAUAAUUACAAUAUUGACGAGAAAUAUUACAAAUGACAAUUUAUUAAAUAAGUUUUGCAUUAAAAAGUUUUUUUUAUUAAAAAUUACAAUUGGAUACCACAAUUAUUUACUUGUGUCAAAUAUAAAAAAAUAUAUUGUAAGAAAUACAGUCAAUCAUUUGAUCAAAAAUUGGUAUAGACAUUCGGGUUAAAUAUUUGUUCAAACAUUGAUACAAAUAUUGGUUCAACAUUGAUUCAAAUGUCAGUUCAAUGUUGGAUCAAAUGUUGGUUCAAAAGACUAAAUAUUUAACCGAAUUAAUAUUGAAAGUGUAGUUAGAUAGUGAUUUAAAUGUAUGUUAAAUACUUAAAGAUGAUCAUACUACUGCCUAAAGUCUAUACAUAGCAUUUGUCAGUCUGCAAAGAAUGCACCGGGCAUAACUUAGAACCGCCCAAAAUUUGGUAGAUACACUGGGCAGAAUAUAUAACCAAGACCAAAUGUAUGGUUCUAUAAUUCUAUAAGAACCACCUAACACGUAUCAAGUAUUAUAAUGUACGUAUAUAAUAAAAAUGUUGACGAAAAAUAAUACAAACAACAAAUAUUUACAUUAAUUUUACAAUAAUACGAUUUAUUAAUAAUUGUGCAUCACAAUAAUUUACGAACUGGAAUAUUCCAUCCAACAAUGAUCAUAAUUUUACAUCAAAUAUAUAAAGAAUAUUGUAUCAAAUAUAUACAAGCAUUGGAUUAAAUAUUUGUCCAAACAUUAGAUCAAAUAAUGGAUCCAAAUUCGAAGCGUUAAAAUUUUAUAUUACCUUUCUCUGUGACGAACAACAGUAAGUUUUGUUUCAAUUAUUCCUUAAUUCUAAUCCUAUAAUAGUCCUAAUCCUAAUCUCAUCAGAAUUUCUAUGUUCAUCUGUAUAAUGUAUAAAUGUUUGUCUAACAUCCAAUAUAAUAUUUGGCUCAAUGAUUGUUCCAAUGUUUGAGUCAACAUUUUAAAAUUUGCAAUCAAAAAUAAAAAAUAUUCCAGAUUUAAAAAUUAUGAUACAUAUCAUACUAAAAUUGUAAAUUGUAAUAACUCGUGUUAUUGUAAAAUGAGACAGUGAUUGUGUUUAAUUUAUUUAUAGGAAAUAAAUUUACAAUAUUAAACAUGAAUGUACCGUCUAUAAUAAAUAUAUUUUUUUAUAUUCAA